CGGCCCGGCCCCGCGGCGCCGCUUCCGGUGUGGGCCCCGCCCCGGCUGUGGCCCCCGGCUGCGGACGAGUCGCGUCGCCGCCGCCGCGCCGGGGCCUGACGGCCGCCUCCUGCGCCGCCGCGGACGGAGCGCCCGCACAGGUUUAGACCCAGUGUGCCUGCUGGGCUGUGCCCAGGUUCAGAGCCAUGCCAAUUGGUGGGUGAAGCUUGAGGCAGUGAUGGAGCCACUGCAGCCGCAGAAGCAACAGCAGCAGCAGCAGCAGCAGCCACCACCAACGCAGCAGCCGCCGCACCUGGCUCCUGUGCAGAUGGAUGCCAGAGAGAAGCAGGGACAGCAGAUGAGAGAGGCCCAGUUCUUGUAUGCCCAGAAGCUGGUCACACAGCAGACUCUCCUCUCUGCUACACCUGGCAGGCCUUCGGGCAGCCCUGCCCUUGGUCCCAUAGCCCGAGUUCCACCUGCCACGGCGGUGGCCCGAGUUUUUGAGCGGAGCAAUGCGAACUCAGAGCCUGAAGAAGAGGAAGGUGGUUUGGAAGAUGAGGAGGGGGAUGAUGAUGUUGAAGAGGUGUCUGAGAAGGAGGGCCAGGCUGCUUCAAAAUAUUUUCAUAUGCAGAAAGUGGUUCGCCAAGACCCCAGAGCAGCCCCCAUAUCUGGUCUGCUCCCAGCACCAGGUCUCCCACCUCAUGGACAGCAAGCUAAAGAAGACCAUACCAAAGAAGCUUCCAAGGCCCCACCUUCCAUGUCCUCGGGUGGGCAGCCCAGCUGGAAUCUGGAUGAGCGACUCAAACAGAAUGGUGGUUUGGCCUGGAGUGAGGAUGCAGAUGGAGGCCGGGGAAGAGAAAUCUCUCGAGAUUUUGCCAAGCUGUAUGAACUGGACGGUGAUCCGGAAAGGAAAGAGUUCCUGGAUGACCUCUUUAUCUUCAUGCAGAAAAGGGGGACCCCCAUCAACCGAAUCCCCAUCAUGGCCAAACAGAUCCUGGACCUGUACAUGCUGUAUAAACUGGUGACAGAGAAGGGGGGCCUGGUGGAGAUCAUCAACAAGAAGAUCUGGAGGGAGAUCACCAAAGGCCUGAACCUGCCCACAUCCAUCACCAGUGCCGCGUUCACCCUGAGGACACAGUACAUGAAGUAUCUCUAUGCCUACGAGUGUGAGAAGAAGGCCUUGAGUUCCCCAGCUGAGCUCCAGGCCGCCAUUGACGGCAACCGGAGGGAGGGCCGACGGCCCAGCUACAGCUCAUCCCUCUUUAGCUACUCCCCCGCUGUCGCCACUGCUGCCACCGGGGCCCCUGCCCUUCUCUCUCCACCGAAGAUUCGCUUCCCCAUCCUUGGGAUGGGCUCCAGCAGUGGCCCCAAUGCCGGCAGCCCACGGAUAUCCCCAGCAACCACUCUCAGGAAAGGUGAUGGAGUCCCAGUGACGACCGUGACCGUGCCAAAUCGCCUGGCCGUGCCUGUGACCUUGGCAGGCCAGCAGGCCGGCACCCGGACGGCCACGCUGGAGCAGCUGCGGGAGCGGCUGGAGUCGGGGGAACCCCCGGAGAAGAAGGCCUCCCGGCUCUCGGAGGAGGAGCAGCGCCUGGUGCAGCAGGCCUUCCAGCGCAACCUCCUCAGCAUGGCGCGGCAGCUGCCCAUGAAGAUCAGGAUCAACGGCAGGGAAGACAGAACAGAGGCGCCGGCUGCAGCCCUCAACUUGACCACAGGUAGCAUCGGGAGCAUCAACAUGUCCGUGGACAUUGAUGGCACCACCUACACAGGCGUGCUGUUUGCCCAGAAGCCUGUGGUCCACCUCAUCGCAGGAUCUGCUCCCCAGAGUGUUGGUAGCAGCGCCAGCAGCAGCAGCAGCUCCCACUGCUCACCAAGUCCUACCUCAUCCCGGGGCACCCCCAGUGCAGAGCCCUCCACCAGCUGGUCCCUCUGACGGGCGGGACCCAGCUUCCCUCUCCCCGCUCUGCUGUCAAGAGUGGAGGAAGUUGAUGCACAGAAUUUACCUCAUCUCACGGAGCCCACGUCAAACACCGUUUGGCCAGAUGUUGAGAAUUUGGACGUGUCCGUCUGUCCUUCAGGCUCCAUUCAGGUCCUGCUGUACUCUGGGGGCAGGGAGAAGCUGUAGGGGCAGGACAGGGCAGCGUUGUCCAAUCAGGGAUUGUCCUGGGGAACUGGCCGGGGUCAGUGGGCAUCCAGCUUCCUCCAGGUUCCCGGACCACCUCCCCCCACCCCUGGACACAGUGUAUCGACAAUCUGUAAGCCGACACAGGGCUGGAGGCCCUCCAGGUCCCUUCCCUUUUAAUUUAUUUCCCUUCCCCUGCCUCCUGCCAUGACUCCAGGGUCACUGGCUCCUUCCCCUGCUCAGUCCCCCACUCUUUAAUUCCCACGUGGGGCUGCUGAAGUCAAGUGCAUGCCUUGAUGGCCCUUUCAUGGUGGACAUGGGGUGGGACCUUCCAGCCCACCUUGACUACAAUGUUUGGGUCCUGGAUUAUGGAUCCCUUAAGUUCAACUCUUGAAGCAGUCCUCAGGGGCCGGCCCAUGUCCCCCUUUUAGUGGUCUCCAAAAUGAGCACCUGAAGGCAGUCCUCAAAUCCCGGGGCCUAGUGGGCUUCUGCUGAGGGGGGAAAAGAGCCUCGGGGCUGCCCAGGCAGGCCCUGGCACCCACUUGACAUUGACCCUUUUCUGACCCUCCCAAACCUUAUGCUCCCCACUCACCCUUCUUGGCCAGCUCUCCCGAGAACUGCCCACCUGUCCCUUGGCUUGCCCUUCUCUUGGGGCCAUCUCAACCCCAACAUCCCCAAACCUGCCGAUGUCAGGUUCAUUGAAAUACCUCAGAUUUAUAAUUGUUGAUGUUUAAUUCUUCAGGAAGUAUUUGCAUCUCUGAAAUCUUUUUUAUAUAUGUUUUGCUGACUUUUGUUUGUUUUUUUUUUUUUUUAAUUUUAAAUUUUUUAUUGUUGUAGCACCAAAGAAAUGAAAGCAGAUCACCCCCAAAAGCCGAGCAGAUGACUUGGCGCCCCAGCCCCUCCAGUCUUUCCCUGAGACCCCAGUGAGGAGGCAGGGAAGCAGGCAGGAGAGAUGACUCAGGGAUCACAGCGGCAGGGGAGGGGUGGCAUGGGGACACCCGUUGGUUGGACACACCAGUUCUGAAGAUGGUCCUUGACCCACUUCCUGCCAGAGUGGGACUGGUCCCACACCCCUACCCCCAUCUCGCCAGGGUGGAGCAGGACGUCUCCCCACACUCAGCAUUCCCAACUCAGGUCAGGGGUGGACCGUACAGGCAGGCCGUGGGCCUCACCGAGGCUGCGCUGGCUCGGGGGGUGAGGAGAUGCCGAGAGCUCUGUCCCUCCUCUUGGACCCUGGUGGCACCAGCUGCUCUUGUGUCGUGAAGAAGAGUUGGUUCUCACAGAGGCUCACCUCAGUCCAGUCAGCCCUGCAGCGUUCGGUCGAGCAGCACCCUCGGCAAUGUCUCCAGGCCACAGGGGCGGGGCCCCAUCGGUGAAAGGAAAGGGAAAUCAAAAGCUUGAGCACAAAACAGAUACCUCAGCCUGGUAAGCAGCAGCUCUGCUGGACUGCAUCUUUGCCCCUCUCGCCCCCUGCCCACCACACACUCACUCUCACACUCACACACAGCCCCACCCACUGGGACUGACCCUCUUCCGGGAGCUGGUGCCAGGAAAAAGCCCAGCUCACUGCUGCCGGGCCCCCUGGCAAGCGUCACAGACCUUGCGCCAGUAUGUCUUUCUCAGGGGUUUGGAGGAGAAGGAUAGACCCCCAGAGGAUGCAGGGGCACCGCACUGUGUCUCCUGGCCACUGAAUCCUCUCCUGUCCCCAGGAAACUCGCCAGCCUGCCCCUCUAAGCGAAUCCAUGCUGCCCUCAUGGAACAGCAGGGUCUCGGCUAGGAAACCUGGGAGUGGGGGCACCAGCAGUGCCCCAGGAACAGGGCUCUGCCAGGAGGGGCUUUCUGAAGGUAUAGUCCUGAAGGCCACGUGGCAGGCAGCUGGCCAGGGCAGCUCUGCCGCCCCCAAAUGACAUGUAGUCUAACCAGGAAAGACGUGAUAGCACAUGGGUAGCCUAGGCAGUGAUAAAUACCUCAGACGUCCUCUUGCAGCAAGUGUCUGUAUAUGUUGUGGUUAUUUUCUAUCUUACAUGUUCUUGAAUGUUUAUAUUUCAAUAAACCUCUACCUCUUCACACAAGCGCAUCUCUCGGUGCUUUCAGUGACUUUUCCAUGGACGGGAACAGGAGAGCAGGAGAGCAAAGAGCCUGCAGAGUGAAAGAAACUGAGCAGACUGCACCUCUGAUCCCCGGGUUUCUCCUGAAUCUUCUUCCUGUCACUGUUCCCGCCGCCCCUCCUCCAAGUGCCCAUUCUGUGCUCUGUAUUAUUUGCAAGGCC